AUGGCUACAACUACGACUUUGGUCGGACAGAGUGCCCCGGUGCCUGUUGAUAAAGGUAAAUGUAUCGAAGUAAUCGACAUCACAACAAUAACCCACCAACCAGACCAAGAAAAUCACGCUACGUCAAUCACGUACAGCGACACCUACCUCGACCUCGAAAAUAUCCCUGGCCUUGAUCUGACGCUUCUAUCAACCGAAGAUCUCAGUUCCGAAAAAUGGUGGAAACAAUAUCCUCCACCACCCGAGCUCAUCUGGUCUGUUGAUGAUAGCUCUCAUCUCAAGGAUAUGAUAUUCAAAGAGUGGGCUGAAGCUCUUGAAAGUGUACUCGAAACUAUAAAAAAUGAGCAGGAUCAGAAAGAAGAAACUCCCGUAACGAUAGAAGCGGGAGAAAGUUCAAGAAGUAACCCAGCAGAUGCCCCCGAACUCGUCUCAGAUACCAUCACACCAGUCAACGAAGCCCCGUUGCCACAGAGAAACUCAUUGAGGGUAUCUGUAGGCUCUGUUCAUGGGACUGUAUCAGAGCUUGAAAGUCCCGUAAGUCCACGCUCUAUAACGGAUUUACGCUCUAUAGCAGAUUCGAUGUCCUCUACUGGCUCAAAGAAGUCAAAAAGCAGAAGAGAAUUGCCAAAAUACAACAUCUCCGGGAGUGCUUCACUUAUUUAUUCACCAUAUUUUUCACCAUUGCCGGCAAACGAUUCUACUGUUGUUUCGAUGCCAGUUUCGCCAAGGGUGGAGCAGGUUAAAAGAUUUUGGAAGAAGAGCCUAGGCACUGGGGAAAGUGAAUGUUCAUCCUGCCUCGACGAUCAUAAGAAUAAGAAGCUAGUGAAGUUAGCAUGCCAACACAGAUACUGUUUUGUCUGCCUCGAGACCCUCAUCAGAACUUCAAUGCAGGACGAGUCCCUCUGGCCUCCGCGCUGCUGUAUUCAAGACAUACCACAAAAAACCAUCGAAAAGGCCCUCAAUAAGCAAGACCGCCAGACCUACAAGGGAAAGGCGAAAGAAUACGCUAUCCCAGCUGCAGAUCGAGUCUAUUGCCCACAUCCUACAUGUUCAGCAUGGAUCCCACCGAGCGGUACCGGUCGAAUCAUAUGCGGCACGUGCAAUAAUAGUGUAUGUGGUACAUGUAGAGGAAUAGCCCAUCCCGCCCAAGCAGAUUGUCCCGAAGACUUCGAUCUCCAGUUGACGCUAGAGGAGGGAGAAAGGCAAGGUUGGAUAAGGUGUUACCAGUGUAGAACAAUGGUUGAGAGGACGCAGGGAUGUAAUCAUAUUACCUGUAAAUGCGGUGCACAUUUUUGUUAUAUCUGUGGCUCGGUUUGGAAAACAUGUGCUUGUACUGGUGAAGAAGCAGCCCGCCGCCGCGUAGCCCGUAUAGAACAGGUUGCUCUCAACCGCGCCGCACGAGCGCGCGAGGAGGCAGAACAUCAAAGGUCAAUAGAGGCAAUUGCGAGAAUGGAGCAGCGGGAGCAAGAGAUACAGGAACGACGUGCAGAAGCUGAUAGAAUCGCCGCUGCGCAAGCUGCUCGCACAGAGGCCAAAAAAAGAAGAGAAUUACAGGAGAGGUGGCUGGAGAGGGUCUCUGCUGAGUUUGAAAGCGCGGAGAAGGCGUUGUUGGUGCUGCAUCAGAAGCAAUGGGGAAUCAUGCGGGACAGACAUCAGAAAGAGAAGGAAGAGCAAGAGAUUGAGUUUAGCAAUCGUGAGAGUGAGAGUGAGAAAAGGUUCUUUGAAGAUAUGGAAACACUGGGGAAAAGUCAAAAGAGGGAGGAGGAAGAACUGAACGCUUGCUUUGCACAAGAACGGGAAGCACUCACUACUAAGCAAGCUACAGAAGAAGACGAAUAUUGGUUUGAACUCCAGACAUUUUUGAAGGGAAGGCCGAAUAAGGAAGCAAGACAGAAGUCGUUGAUAGAAAAGUUCAACGAGACUCAGGCGGAGCAGCUAAAUGCCUUUUAUCAAACCCAGGAACAGAUAGCGGCCAAGCUCGCAACGUCGCAUAAAGAACAAACGACAAAUUUCAUAAAUUCUGUGGAAAAGGGCCGUGAGAUAGAGAAGCAAAUGUCAAUGACGGAGUUGAAAGAAUCUACAAAACAUCAAUGGGCUGAUAUUAAAUGGUUUGUAGUGGUACAAAUGGCACGAAAUACGAGAUUGGUUGAUAUGUGGGAAGCAUCUAAGGGGGAUGAGGAGGCGAAGCAGAGGAUCAUGCAAGUCCAUAAGCCGAAAGCCACUUCGUAG